GGCCGUCAGCAUAAGGGGCGGAGCCUGACCGCCCAUUCUGACCCCGACCUUACUGCACCUCGACCCCCAAAACACAUGGCGCGGCACGUGUUCCUCACCGGGCCUCCAGGGGUUGGCAAGACAACCUUGAUCCAGAAAGCCAGCGAGGUCCUGCAGUCCUCUGGCAUGCCCGUCGAUGGAUUUUACACGCAGGAAGUCAGGCAGGGCGGGAGGAGGAUCGGAUUUGAUGUGGUCACCUUGUCCGGCGCUCGGGGGCCUCUGUCCAGAGUUGGGUCACAGCCUCCACCUGGAAAGCCCGAAUGCCGAGUGGGGCAGUAUGUGGUGGACCUGGCGUCUUUCGAGCAGUUGGCACUACCCGUCCUAAGAAACGUUUUCCUGUUGUGGCUGAGAAUUUCAAAUCAGCUAGCACGCUGGCCAAACCCAGGUGCAGGACAGGCCGGUCCCAGCCGCAGCCCCGGGCACAGCGUGUGCAUCAUUGAUGAGAUUGGGAAGAUGGAGCUGUUCAGCCAACCUUUCAUUCAGGCGGUCCGCCAGACGCUGUCCACGCCAGGCACCGUUGUCCUUGGCACCAUCCCAGUUCCCAAAGGGAAGCCACUGGCCCUUGUGGAGGAGAUCAGGAACAGGCAUGACGUGAAGGUGUUCAGUGUCACUAAGGAGAACAGAAAUAACCUCUUGCCGGAAAUUGUGACCUGCGUGCAGAACAGCAGGACCUGAAGCAGCAGGAGACCAGGUCCAGCUCCGCCUGCUGGUCACUCCCUGCCCAGGUUUGCUACCUCCCUGUCGAUGGACCUUGUACCCUCUGUCCAAGAGGGCUGGACAGCUGCUUUCCAUAAUAUGCUCCUGAGAUCAGAUUAGCCCGGCGCCUGCUGGGCCAUGCACAGCACAGUCCGCUGUCUGACGUGUGCUCAAGGGUUCUGUCUUUUUCCUGUUGCGGCUGUGCAUGUGAUUUGAGUAAAAUCUAAAUGAAUGUGUCAGGGCUUAGUGGAAUUUUCUCCCACCAGGAUUUAUGGAUGUGUGUGGGGCUGGGGAGACGAGUUCCCUUCCUCAUUGGCUUACAUGCUGUAGGUAUUAAAUACCUCUCCAGGUGCGGCUCCAGGCCCGUGCAGCUGAAGCAGUGAUAGCAACUUAAUUCUCUUCCAUAAUCUCCAAAGAAAAACCUAUUAGUUCCCCUCUUCAUCUCUGUUUAUUCCUUUGUUUAUUGCCCAAUAAAAAUGAAAAUAAAUCUGGUGGUUCAGACACAGGA